CUCGAUUAAUAUAUACUUCACUAUCGACCCGGUAGUCAGAUUAUCUGUUGCAUCCGUGUGUUCUUAGAACUGAGAUAAAAUAGACAAUAUGCCCAAGUUUCAGUUUAUCGCAUAGCCAUUCAAGUUCAAAAUCAAUCAUGUCUGUUUUCAACAGUGUUAUUUUAAUUUUAUGUUUCUCGGUAGAAUGUAUUCAUAUGAAACAAGUAGCUUCUUUCUGCGCAAGAACCUUCAACACAAUUAACGGUUACAAAAUAGAAUGUUCAGGAAUUGAUAAUCCUGAUAAUCUAAGAAAGGCUUUUUAUAAGUCUAAUGAAGGUAACUCUCCCACAGAAGCAAAAACGGUGGCUAUAGCUGAUUCUGACUUUUCUUACAUUCCUCAUGAUUUGUUCCAAGAUUUUAAAAUAGGUACGAUAAUAAUAAAGAGUACUACUCUUUCCUCUCUUAGUGAUACGGACACAGCUUUUGAUGGAUUAGAGAAAGAUUUAAGAGUUAUUGAAAUACGUGAUUCCUUUCUUUUUAAGGAUUUUGAUUGGUGUCAACUGAGAAAUUUGAAAAGAGUGUUCCAGAUUCAGUUAAAUAACAUUGGAUUGAAAUAUAUUGAUAGUGAUGUGAGAUGUGCGUCCUAUGUGGAAUUUUUAUACCUAGGAAGCAACAGAAUUUCGUACAUUAGUGAUCAGGCAUUCACAUCAUUUGCUCAACUUAGGAAAAUAGAUUUACCAAAAAACAAGAUUUCAGAGAUGAAGAGAAGUAUGUUUCCGAGUCCAGCAAAGAAACUUUAUAAGAUUAAUUUAAGUUUCAUUCAGAUCUCUUCUCUUCCAAAGGAUUUUUUCACAAACAUGCCCCAGUUGGAAAUGCUUGAUUUGAGUGAAAAUAACUUCCACACACUUGACGAGACUCUAUAUGCUCCUGUCUGGAAAAAAGUAUCUUCAGUUUCGCUAUCAGGCAAUCCGUUAAGAUGUGAUUGCAGAAUGAAGUGGUUGCUUAAACAAAAAUUUCCUUGGAUUACCAGUGGAACUUGUAUGGAGCCUAUUGAACUGAGCGGAAGAGAAAUAAUCUCUUUAAAUAAAUUAGAACUUUGGUGUUUCUAGAAAAAAGCUCAAAUAGUAAAUUAUACAAUUGAAAUCCUUUUGCAACAAUGUACAAAUAGCUCAAUAAAAGCAUUCCAACUA